UGUAUGAAUUAUUGAAUUAUUUUGUCAUUUUUGUCGAUAGUAUUGAUAGUAAUGUCUUUGAAAGCCAUCACCAGAUUUGGUCCACAUCUUAAAGAAGUUAGACUUCACUUAUGUCUGACCACCGAAUCCAGUGCUGGUGUCAGAGAGUUUAUAUCUAAACACUACCAUCGCGUCAAACAAACGAAUCCCAAUCUUCCUAUUCUUAUACGUGAAGCCAAAGACAUUGAACCGAUGCUUUGGAUCCGUUUUGAAUAUGGUCGCGAAAGAAAUGUUUCCGUUACGGGACUCAGUGGUGACCAACUGUUGCAAACAAUACAAGACUUAGCUAUUGAUAGACAAAGUUAAUUGAAUUCAUUUAUUGUUAUUAUAAAUAUUAUUUAGUUUUAGUCUAAUAUUGAUUGCAAUUAAUACCAAUUAUAUGGCUAUCACUUACAAUAAUAGACUUUCAAUAAACUAUACAAUUAUUUAGUGUUAUUUACAAAAUAUUUUCAAAUA